GUUUCACUGUGAAGCCAGAUGAUGAAAGUCUUUACGGCACUAUCACUUUUUGCGCUCGCCGCCGUUUUCGUAGAAGGACACAUUUUGCGACCUGAACGAUCUCAUAGUUUUGGCAAUUCACCAGGAUUCGAUGGUCCAUCAAAAUUUGAAGACCCUUCGGCACAUGGCGGCUUAGGCGACUUACCAGGAUUGGAUGCUCCACCACGAUUCGGACCUCCUGGUGGUCCAUCUCAGUUCGGACCUCCUGGUGAUCUACCUCAGUUUGGACCUCCUGCUGGUGGCAAUGUCUCAUCUUCAACUGCUUCCUCAACCGCCGCUCCAUCCUCAACCACCGCUUCAUCAACUGCUUCCUCAAUUAUCUCUUCCACAACCGCCGCUUCAUCCUCAGCCGCCUCAGACCCAACUGUCGACCCUGAAGCUCCUUCAUCAGCACUCGCGCAAUCGUGUUUCGAUGAGGCUCUGACUGCCGCUUGCAAUUUAUUGGUAGCAUAAAUAAGUAUGUAAUUGUUUGCUCGGAGCAGAUUUUGAA